CCCUUUCUCCUUUUAAAAGGCCCCUUUAAAAACGCCCAGGUCACCUGUGCACAAAUCGAAAUAGUGCUCAGCUCUUUCCUGUCAGUAGUUAACAGAACAAAUGUCUUCACCGCUUUAACGUCCAGCUGCGCUUAUCUUUGACAUCGACUACCUAAGGUCUACCCUUAGUCCCACGACUCUGACAAAACGAUCUCAAUAUUGGCGUAAAAUGACCUCCCCUUUCAAGGAUCUUCCAAAGCACUUCCUGUCUGAGGCAUACAAAAUGUAUUGGCACGGAAUUUUACACUUAUUGAGCUUUAUAAACACCUCGUCACAUCCACACAUUCAGGACACACACUAGGUAUUCGGGUAAAAACAAAAAACAAACAAACAAAAACACAAAAAAAUUGGCUAAAUACCCAUUCCCCUCAAUAACUCGGAUGAGAUAUCUAAAAAGGGUCGACCUUCGGUACCUUUCUGUCCUCUCCCCUCUCGCUGUUUGCCUACACUGGCUUCCUUGCCUCCCCUUUUUCCCACGUUUAUCGGAGCCAAAACAAGCACGGUUCAGCAGCCUCCUUUCCCAGCCCUAACCCUGUGCUGCAAAAGCGAAAAUUCCAAGCCAAGAACAAUACGAGACCGCCCACCCGGGCUCACUCGCGACACUAGGGGGAGCGAUACGGCUGCAGGAAAGGGGGAGCCUCGCGGCAGAGGCGGGAUUUCCGGGGUCACGGGAACCGGCAGGGGAACAGGAUAAAGUCCUCAGAGAAAGGAAAAGGAGCGUGGGAUAGUAAAGGCGGCGACGCGAAGAGGAGGGGACAUACAGGAACGGAGGACAGGCGCGGAGGAAGUUCCCGGGGGGAGCAGAAACAAAGGCACGCAAAGCGGAAGAGCGUGUGUAAGGUAGCGGAAAAGGAAGUCACCGCCGCGGCCUGCGGGGCUACGAGGUCGUAAGGGUUGGCCUUAGCGCUUCAGUUUAGUGUUGUUAGUGGGAGAAUCCUAAAAUGUCGCCGUGGAAUGGACUGUAGCGCUCGCUUCUCCAAACGUGUCCCAGACGGCGAGCCUCGCCGGCUCUGCGGCUUGUCCCUUGUAAGCGCCGCGCAGGCCUGCCACCUGCUGGACGUGGAGACGCGGUGCUAAGCGCCACGGGCCGACUGUACGCCGGGCGGGGAAGAAGGGCUCGGGGAAGAGAUGAAUCGGUCUUCGCAGAGCGCGCCGGGAGAUCGCGAGAUUACACUUUCAAAAGCAUAAGGAGGCUUGCUUUCUACACACUUUAAUUUCGGAGUACGUUCGAGGCCCUGUGCUAAGUUAGUGGCUUGGUAGUGAGCUGCUCAGCUGCACCGAAUCUUCUUUGUGGUGGGGCUGCGGGCUGCAAGACAUCCUGCUUGAAAUGGCAAAAAGUCUUUUGAAGACAUCUUCUCUGUCUGGAAGGACAAAAUUGCUACAUCAAACAGGAUUGUCACUUUAUAGUACAUCCCAUGGAUUUUAUGAGGAAGAAGUGAAAAAAAAACUUCAGCAGUUUCCUGGUGGAUCCAUUGACCUUCAGAAAGAAGACAGUGGCAUUGGCAUUCUUACUCUGAACAAUCCAAGUAAAAUGAAUGCCUUCUCAGGUGUUAUGAUGCUACAACUUCUGGAAAAAGUCAUUGAAUUGGAAAAUUGGACAGAGGGGAAAGGCCUCAUUGUCCGUGGGGCAAAAAAUACUUUCUCUUCAGGAUCUGAUCUGAAUGCUGUGAAAUCACUAGGAACUCCAGAGGAUGGAAUGGCCGUAUGCAUGUUCAUGCAAAACACCUUAACAAGAUUUAUGAGACUUCCUUUAAUAAGUGUUGCGCUGGUUCAAGGUUGGGCAUUGGGUGGAGGAGCAGAAUUUACUACAGCAUGUGAUUUCAGGUUAAUGACUCCAGAGAGUAAGAUCAGAUUUGUCCACAAAGAGAUGGGCAUAAUACCAAGCUGGGGUGGCACCACCCGGCUAGUUGACAUAAUCGGAAGUAGACAAGCUCUCAAAGUGCUGAGUGGGGCCCUUAAACUGGAUUCAAAAUACGCUCUACACAUAGGAAUGGUUGAAGAGGUCUUGCAGUCUUCAGAUGAAACUAAAUCUCUAGAAGAGGCACAAGAAUGGCUAAAGCAAUUCAUCCAAGGGCCACCGGAAGUAAUCAGAGCUUUGAAAAAAUCUGUUUGUUCAGGCAGAGAGCUAUAUUUGGAGGAAGCAUUACAGAAUGAAAGAGAUCUUUUAGGAACAGUUUGGGGUGGGCCUGCAAAUUUAGAGGCUAUUGCUAAGAAAGGAAAAUUUAAUAAAUAAUUGGUUUUUCGUGUGGAUGUACUCCAAGUAAAGCUCCAGUGACUAAUAUGUAUAAAUGUUAAAUGAUGUUAAAUAUGAACAUCAGAAUUACUUUGAAGGCUACUAUUAAUAUGCAGACUUGUUUUUAAUCAUCUUUUGAAUAUCUGAACUCAUUUACCUCAUUUCUUGCCAGUUAUUCACUUGGGUAUUUACUGCAUAAUCUGGAACAUUUAGCUAAAAUAUACACUUUUGGCUUAAAAAUUAUUGCUCUCAAUUCCAAUAAUAAUUCUUAGCUUAUAAGCAAAGAGCAGUGUUUAAAAGGAGAGCUUCUAUACAAAACCUAUUCCUGGUGUUACUUUUCAUAAAAUUUUGUCUUACCUGUCUUACCUGGAAAUAAUUUACCAAAAUAAUGAGUAUUGCUAUUAAAGAGCAAAAGUGGGGAGGGAUCAGGGAACAAGAAAACAAGAAAGGAUAUGAUCAAUUAUUUUCUUCUGCUCCAAACAGCCAGAGUAAAAUUCAUGGGAAAUGGCCCUUAAUUUAAAAAAAGAUGUACCUCACUACCCACUACAAAUUUGGAACUUUAUUUGAUCUUUUCAAUAAUUAGUUUUCUGUUAUAAAUUAUCUACUAAACAGUGGUAGCCAUGACAUGGAAAGUCAACUGAUUUUACAAAUUGAACAUUCAUUUGUGUGCCCUGGAAUUUCCAACUAGUAAUAAACAACUACUGUUGAUGUAGUUUUAAAAUUAAAACCACUCGAAGGGACUCAUGAAGCAUCUUGCAACAUAAAUUUGCAUUUUUACAUCAGAUUUCUUUUUUUUUCCUGAAAAACAACUAACCUUUUAUAACUGUCUUUCAAAAGUAAACGUAAAAAUGCACAACAUAAAAUGUUUAUGAUCAUCCCAGAAAUACACUUUUUAAAAAAUGUGAAAGUCCAAGAAUUAAGUUCUAGUUCUGACUCAUCACAAGAGGUCAAAAGUAUUUGCUACUGUAACAUUCAAUUCACAUUUGAGAAUCAUGGUAAAAAUAACUUGCAUUUGCCUUAUACAUGAUCCUACUGUUGAGUUCGGAAAAUAUGGUUAGACAGACUCACGUUACUUUUUUUCAGAGGUAAAUUCUAGAUUACUGUGUCAACCUAAUAUUUUCUAUUUGGCCAUAGAUGUAAAAUCUACCAAAUAAAAGUGGAUUUUGUGGUCUACAA